CUGCUGCUGUUGCUGCUGCACACCGCUGGACACCGCGGAGGAGGGCUCACGUCAAGGCGGGUCGGUCACCUGGAGAUAACUGUAAAAUGUCAUCGGCGAAUGUGUGUCAGGCAUGGACUUGACGCCGCGCACGACCGCGACACCGCACGCUGGCUGGCUCGCGACCGCUCUGUCAAUUAUGCCGCCGCGUUCCUGAGGUGAGGCAGAGGCAGCCCGCGUACAUCGCAACAUCCGGAACUGGCCCCGACGUAGGCGCGAACGAGGAAAUGUGACAAGCUUGACCUGCCCAUCUACAAGUUCGUGUGUACGUUGCAGGGAAAAAGUCGCACAGCACCAUGGAGGGGGCAGAGGUUACGUUUUUAUUCCAAUUCGGUCUGAUACGCGACACGGUCACGGUCGACAGCAGCACGCUUACUCUUAAGGCCCUGAAAGACCUCGCCUGUGAUUUUAUGAACACCAAGUGUCCGGAGCACGGACUGAAUCAUCUGUUUGAGAGACUAAUUUUGUUCAAGCACGAUUACAAUUCCACCAAUGUUUUGCAGCUGGUUACAAACGCUACGGAGGUGGUGGACGAGACGCUGGUGGAAAUCGUAUUGACUGCACAAGUGCCAAACGAAUACAUUCCCAUUCGACCUCAUGCCUUAGCGGUACAUUCCUACAAAGUUCCGACGUUCUGCGAUUUUUGCGGCGAAAUGUUGUUCGGACUCGUUCGACAAGGUCUCAAGUGCGAAGGUUGCGGUAUGAACUACCACAAAAGAUGCGUCAUCAAAGUACCGAAUAACUGUUCGCAAGAUGCGAGUCAAAGACGGCGCAGCUCGGCCAUGCUGAACGUACCAAGAUCGCCGAGUCAGGGCUCCACUAGCAGCCUGACGAGCAAUACCGACGAUAAUCACAGUUCAAAUAGUACACUUAACACAAGCCAAAAUAAUAGUACAUUGGCAAUACCGAGUAUAAUGGCACCAAAACAGUCCUCUUCGCCGAUAUUAGGAGGGCGGCCCGUUUGGGUGGAGCGAGAGCUCGCAACGCGAAUAAAAAUCCCGCACACAUUCGUAGUGCACACGUACACACGUCCGACUGUAUGCGGGCACUGUAAAAAGUUGCUAAAGGGUAUAUUUAAGCAAGGCCUUCAGUGUAAAGAUUGUCAAUACAACACGCACAAAAAGUGUAUGGAUAAAAUACCAAAAGACUGCACCGGGGAAAAUCCACGAGAUAAUAUAGGCGAGUACACAGAUAGCGGCGUUGGCAGUGAGCUAGAAACCAAAUGUGAUAUUAGGAAUGAAGAAGCCGAUGUUGACAGCGACACGGAAUCAUCGCAUCUAACACAAGACGCGUCGUUUACAAAUAAUGAGAAUAAAAUGCCCGGUGAUUACACAGAUCAUGCACGAUGUAACGAUGAAGUUGUUUACGAUGAAUAUCAGAAAUCACGACCGUCAAGCUGCAAUUCUACACCAAGUAACAACAUUCCAUUGAUGCGAAUAGUACAAAGUGUGAAACAUACUAAAAAACGUGGGUCUAAAGUAUUAAAGGAAGGUUGGAUGGUGCAUUUUACAAAUCGCGAUCCAAUUAGAAAGAAACAUUAUUGGCGUCUUGACACAAAGUCCAUAACGCUAUUCCAAAGCGAGAAUGGUUCUAAAUAUUACAAGGAGAUACCAUUGGCUGAAAUUUCAGCAAUUGAAACUGCUAAAACGCCUCGUUCAUAUAUAAUGCAUUGCUUUGAGCUAAAAACUGCCAAUGCCGAUUACUAUGUCGGGGAGGAUCCAUCAUAUGGAGAUAAUUGCGGCCAAGUCUCUCCUCCCGAAAGUGGUAUCGGAGCUCACAUAGCUAGAUCGUGGGAAACUACUAUUAGACAAGCACUUAUGCCUGUAACUGUGUCGACUAAUCAGGAAGAACCUGCGGAGCCUACUGAACCGGAGGAAAAUGUUACCGACAUGUCACAAUUGUAUCAGAUCUUCCCGGAUGAGGUUCUAGGGUCCGGACAAUUCGGCAUAGUUUACGGGGGCGUUCAUCGCAAGAGCGGCCGCGCGGUCGCCAUAAAGGUCAUCGAUAAACUGCGCUUUCCCACCAAGCAAGAAGCCCAGCUGAAAAACGAAGUGGCCAUCCUGCAAAAUCUGUCGCAUAGCGGAGUGGUGAAUCUAGAGCGUAUGUUCGAGACUACCGAGCGGAUAUUCGUGGUGAUGGAGAAGCUGAAGGGCGACAUGCUGGAAAUGAUCUUGAGCUCCGAAAGGGGACGACUCAGCGAGCGAAUAACCAAGUUCCUCGUGACGCAAAUUCUGGUUGCGCUGAAACACCUCCACAGCAAGAACAUCGUGCACUGCGACCUGAAGCCCGAGAACGUGUUACUGAGCAGCGACACGGACUUCACCCAGGUGAAAUUAUGCGACUUCGGAUACGCGCGGAUAAUCGGCGAGAAGAGCUUCCGGAGGAGCGUCGUCGGCACACCAGCGUACCUGGCGCCGGAGGUUUUGCGAAACAAAGGCUACAAUCGGUCCUUAGACAUGUGGAGCGUAGGCGUGAUUAUAUACGUGUCAUUAAGCGGCACCUUUCCCUUUAACGAGGAAGAGGAUAUUAAUGAACAGAUCCAGAACGCCGCCUUUAUGUAUCCGCCAACCCCGUGGAAGGAAAUUUCAAGCGAUGCUAUUGAUUUGAUUAAUAAUCUUCUGCAAGUUAAGCAGAGAAAGAGAUACACCGUGGACAGAAGCUUGCAACACGUGUGGCUACAAGAUUAUCAAACGUGGUGCGAUUUGAGGAAAUUGGAGCAGAAAGUUGGCUAUCGCUACUUGACCCACGAAAGCGACGACGCACGUUGGAUGGCGUACAGUAAUCAAGAGACAUGACAGAACUGUUCGCCUGUUUUGAACAUCGAGGCAUUACCGACUUCCUUGUCACUGCACAAAGGCUGGGCCCGAUAUGCUCGGGCUACUCUACGGCGGUUUAUUCGUGCCUGACUCAGUAAAAGUACGUGAAAACUAGUACAACUUUAGUCUUUCGGGCGAUAUCCCGAAUAUCGUUCUCCAUUUUAGAGUGGAAUCGACAUCGGCAUUCUGAAUUUGCAUUUGGGAUACUUUCUCUAAAAUAACGUUAUUAAACAUAACAUUCAGGAAGCUUCCAUAACGUUAACAUUCCCACAAAGUGGUCCUAGCACAAAAGGAUUUUGAUUCGCGAUAUAGUACACGUAGCGAUAAAUAUAGAAACGAUAAGUGCAGAAUGCUCUGAGAACAGUAACCCUUGUUCGUGAAACAUUUAGAUCGAAAUGCCGCGGUUGCUUAGUAGGUAUCCAACCAAAUUCCAUUUUAAAUGCCUACUUCAGAUUUUAUUUGCAGAGUUUAUCUCUGUGUAAUUUAAACUGCAUUAUAACUAUGAGCACUUCUAUUGCUUUAAUUCUAGAUUAUAUUUAGAAUAAUGUUACUUUAUAAAGUAUUUUUAAUGUUUUAUAAAUUUAUUAUUUUUAUUAUGCUCUUUUUAGGGUGACUUUAUAUUUUAUUGUUAUAAUUUGCUUUUUAAUGUGUAAUGAUAAUCUCAAAUUUAUUCCUUAUUUGCAUAAUAUAUACAUAUUUGUACUAACAUAUAACUUGAAAUGAUAAGAGAGAUACAGGGAACUCAAUUGAAAACUUUAUUUGCUUUUAUAGCAAAUUAAUAGUGAAUAUAAGUAACCCAUGCAUAGAAUUUUUUUUUUACAUAAAUUAAUUUCAUUAGUGCCUUUUCAUUUUGCGUGUAAAUUAAUAUAUAUUCUUAUUUAUUCUAAAUCAAAAUAUAUUACUAAAUUAUUGAAUAGUUUAAUAUGGAUUAAUAAUUGCGAUGAUAAUAUAAUUAAUUUAUAAUAAUUAUCAUAAAUAUUUAGGAAGAAAAUCCACAAUGUAUAUUUCUGUAUCACAAUCUCAAUCAAUUAAUCCUUAAAAAUGUUCUAUGUAUGGGUAUUGAUAUAAUCACUGACAUUAAGACGUACUAGAUCAUCAUAUAUACAAGUUGAUAUCGAUCAAAUAGUUUAUGUUGCGAUAUAAUUUAAAUGUUAAAAUAUAUUUUUACGUUUUCAAUCUCUAUAAAGUAUUGGUAUGUUUUAAACAUUUGGAAAAAGGAUUUUUAGAAAGUAAAAAGUUUUAUCGAAAUUUUUAAAGAUCUUAUAAAAAUUGAGAUUUGUUUUAUAUAUACAUUACAAAUUUUACAAGCUUCGCUUCCAAGAGGCAGAUGUUUUAUGUGAAGAAAGUAUAAUCAUAAUAUAUAUUAAUUUAAAGUAUAGCAUAUAUGUUAAUACAAUAUGUUAAUUUGAUGUGUAGAAAGGAGUAUAAAACGGUGAUAUGGUAUCUCAAUUUUCGUUAACAGCAAUUGGCGAAUCUCUAUAUCCAAGCUUCAUAGCUUUAAAAAAGGAUAUCUCGUUUUCUCUUUGCGAUUAUUAUACGAUAUUAGAAUGUUGUGAUUAGAGUGAAUUGAAUGGAUACUUGAAUGAAUACUUAAAUGCGGCGGCUACGUACUCUCUUUCUAAAAUAUGCUUAUUGAUGGCAUGGAACAAUGAUUGUGUCAGUAGUCAAUAUGCUAAAUGAAGUUGACUUACAAUUAGAUUAGCAAGCUAGAAAUUAGUAUUAUGUGCGAGAGAACUUAUUAAGAAAAUUAUUAAGAUGGUGCAAGAACGAUUUGUCACAUUUGUUAAAUAGAAAUCGCAUAAUCUCGAAACUAUUUUUAUUGAAUAAAAUAAUCAACUCCAACACACAUUUUGCUUCCAUAGAGAAACUAUCAUCUAAUAUUAUCCAUUUAAAAAAAGAUCAAUAAUUCUCUAUUUUAAAAUUUAAACAGAAUUUCAAGUAUUAGAUCGCCAGUGCUUAAUAAACCUUACUUAAAAAUUUAAUUUCGAAAAUGACAAAGGCUCUUGCACCCGCCUAGUAAUUUAUUCAAAUGAACUUAUUCGAAAUAUUUCACAGUUAGAUAUCUGCGACAAAGAUAAGGUGCAAUUUUCCCGGAGGAAAUAUUUCUAUAUUUAAUAACUACUAUAAAGAGAAUAUAUUCGACCUUGAAUAGUUUGGUACGCAUUGGAUCGUAAAUUGGCAUUAUAUAUACACCCUUAUAAAAAUACGGCCUAUAUCUUUACCACAACCUUUAUAAGUAGUAGAGUAGAAAAUUUUUUUUCAUUUUGUACCGUAUGUAACGCAAUAGUGCGAUUUUUACGUUUCUUAAGAACAUAGUAAAUAUAUCCAGCGAGGAUAACUACAAUGCAAAAUGACGAUAAACAUAAUCGAUAUACUUGUAACAUAAGAGAUAUAAACGCGCGCGCGUCAACACAGGCGUUAAUUGUUAUAUUUUAUAAUAACUUUUAAAAGUUUAUCGUGUAAUCCUAUCUGUAGAGGAUAUCGUAGAUGUCAAUGUCUCUAUGCGCAUAUUACACGCAUUUAUAUUUAAGAAACCUACCUACGCUACGCAAAUGUAAUCUGUAAGUCGUGCGCGCGCGAUCAGCCUCGCGCUCGCGGAAAAAACGCAUUUACAAUACUCGACGCAUUUAAUGCCAGGCAUUUAAAUGUUCUUCCCGCAUAAGAGGAAGGAAGGAUAACUCCAAUGUAGGAACAAAUGCUGUAAUCUCUUAUACUUACUGUCGCGCUAAUCUUAUGCUUUACGCGUGUUCGCGGUUGGAGAAGGCAGGAUGUAACGUAGAUAUGAGCAAACGUUCGUGCUUGAAUAAGAGUUUUAUUGACUCUCAUGUAAUCGCGCGCAAAUUUGACUUGUAUUUUAUUCCAUAUUUUUAAGCGGAAUUAUUAUAUUUCUAAACCAAGACGGCGAUGUAUCCGCGCAGAUGACGCGUACAUUACGCAAUCUGAUGCUCCAGGGAAAAAAAAGGAAAGAAAGCAUCGCAUUAUCGUAAAGCGCAAACGCUUGAACGAUAUAUCGAUUGCCGGCUUAUGUACUUAGUGCCAGGUUGAAAGUCCGAUUUUAUAUGUUAAUUCCUGUUUGCCGUAGCAGUAACGAGGGAUAAUCGUAUCAGUGCGACAGCCCCGAUUCAUAUACGCGCGUUUCUCCUCGCAAUGCGUUAGAUCGAGCGAAAGGGAGGAUGGCUUUUCAGUGCCACGUGUGAGUUUUGAUAUUAAAAUUAAUUUGUACAAUAUUAUUCUGAGCCUUCUAUCUGAACAAUGGUACCAAUAAACUCGGAAUUUGCCUUAUCUCAUCCAGAAA